AAAUUAGACAGCGAAAAAAAUAAAGAAAAAUUGAGUCGUACAGUUACUGGCUGUGGCGUUGGAUGCCCUGUAAACGGAGUCUUCUUGAGCUGUGUUUAAGCGCCAAAUUUAGUAAAUUGUUGCAUAUUCAGCAGCUGUCAUCAUCAUCAUCAUCAUCUUUGAAAUUGUGAAUCGUCGUUUCCAGUUUCUCUCAGUUCCUCAAUCUUUGCCAUUAACAAAAACCUUUGGGAAACUCAACUUCAUUUUGGUUUGAUAAAAACGACUUCGUCGUCAUCUUGUACUACUGUUGUCGGUAGCGCAUUAUAAGUUGAGUUUUAUUUAGAUUUGAAUGGAUUUGAAAUAUGGCCGUUGAACAAAUUUCGAGUUCUAAAACGACGUCGUGGAUGUUGACAUCCGGCGCCAGCGGACGCAUAAACGCGCUGUUUUCUCGUCGCUCGUUGAGGUGUCUUGUCGCUAUAAUUAACGCGGUUAUCGUGCUAUUUUUGGUGCCGUUCUGGUGCUGGAAACGGAGCGUGGUAAUUAAUUUGUCGUCGGAGAAGAAUAACAAGGAGUUGGAGAAGAAUCUUCAGAAGAGCAGCGCAGUGCGUGUGCCGGCGAGGAUUGUGCCGUGGAAAAAUGGCAGCGGCAUUUUGGAGCAGGACGUUAUGGCGAGGAGAUCGUUGGCGAUUAGAAGAGUUUUACAAGAUGAUUGUGACGGUGGAUCUGAGAAUUGUUACCAGAAAAUUAAGAGAGAUUUUUCGCUUUUUGUUACUUCAAGAGGUGACACGUCGUUGACACAGUCUUGGACUCCGAUUUCUGUUAAUGUCAGAGGACUAGUUGUUCUUUUGCAUGGUCUCAAUGAACACAGUGGCAGAUACAGUAAUUUCGCCAAGAAGUUGAAUGCUAAUGGAUUCAUGGUUUAUGUGGAUUGGAUUGGUCACGGUGGAAGUGAUGGACUGCAUGCAUACAUUCAUUCUCUCGAUGAUGCUGUCAAUGAUUUGAAAUCAUUUCUCGAGAAGGUUUUAGCCGAUAAUCCUGGCCUUCCAUGUUUUUGCUUUGGCCACUCGACAGGUGCAGCCAUUGUGCUUGAAAUAAUGCUUGAUCCAAGGAUCGAGGCCUGUGUAGCAGGCAUAGUUCUCACUUCACCUGCAGUAGGAGUUCAGCCAUCGCAUCCUAUUUUUGUGGUACUUGCUCUAAUUGUCUCAUUUUUGUUGCAAAGAUACCAAAUCAGGGCUGCAAAUAAGAAGGGAAUGCCAGUAUCUCGGGACCCUAAGGCACUUGUGGCUAAGUAUUCUGACCCGCUUGUGCACACUGGAUCCAUCAGGGUAAGAACUGGCUACGAGAUUCUUCGAAUUGCGACUUACUUGCAGCAGAAUCUCAGAAGAUUUAAGGUUCCCUUUUUUCUUCUGCAUGGCACUGCUGACACUCUAACUGACCCAGUUGCUUCUCGAAAACUGUAUGAGGAGGCAUCCUCAAUUGACAAAACCAUCAAAUUAUACGAAGGUUUCUUGCAUGAUCUCCUCUUUGAACCGGAACGAGAGGAUAUUAUGAAGGAGAUAACAGAGUGGUUAAAUCUUAAAGUACAAGAUUAGAAGAAACCAAAAGAAUUUGAAAUUUGGUGAGAGCGCUGCAUUUAGCUUUCCUAAGUUCAGCUUGUUUAUAGAUAAAAUGUUUUCUUUCUUUCAUUAUUUACAUGGCAGAAGAGGGGGAUUGUUGUCGGGGUGGGGAGAAUUUGAUCGCCGGCCAUUCUCCGAAUGAUUCCUGUCUUGAUCAGUAUUAUUUGAAAGCUCCAUGACCAUUUCUGCGGGAAGACCAAGAACAAAACGCAUGAAGUGCUAUGGUUUUAUAAUUAUUUACAUCUCUCUCUUUUUUUAAAUAAUUAUAGGGAAUUAGAUGCUUUAGAAAACUUGAAUUGGCUUCAUCCAUAAUCAGUAAGGACAAAUGGGCAUUUGAAACUUAACCAAUUAUUCCAUGUAAUUUCUUUGGAUUUGGGUAAUCUAAAGUUUGCGUAUAAGCAAGUUGGCAAUGGGACAGGGUAGAUCCAA